UCGGUCGGUUAACCAACUGAACCACCCAGGCACCCCCUUGCCGCUUCACUUAGAGACUCCGUGACCACACGGUGGUCCCCUGAAUGGUGUGGGGGCCGCACGCGUGAAGCCGUGGCCUUGUCCCCAAACACCGCGGCUCUCCGGCUCCCCGCAUGGAGCCCUCAGCAACCGCAGACGCGGCGUCUCCGCUGUGCACAGAGGAGCCCAGCUGUUCCCGGAUGUGGACCCUCGGCCACUGGCCGCCUGCGGACGGCAGUUCCCCGGGACCGGGCGGGCGUUCAGCCUGGCUUUUGCGCCUGAGUGCCAGCCAUGCCUCUUACACCGAGGGAUGGGGUCAGGACCGUAUUGUGCCCAGGGUGUGGCGGACCCUGAGCGCCCCCGGCCCCUCACGCUCCCUAGGAGUCAGGCCAGGGAUGGGAAGCCCUGUACUUGCUGAUAGCUGCUGGCUGAGUCAACAAGGCCGGGUUGUGUAUUUGGUUAGCAAACAGGGAGCUGCGGCCGGAGCCGGCCCACUGCCUUCCUGCUCCCUGCCUUUCCAGCAAGAAUGUCCUCUGGAAAGGUCAGCCAGGACCGGCCACAUAAUUUGCUGUUCCAGAAUGAAAACGAGGGCCCCGUGCGUGAAAAUUAGUAAGAGUCUCAAGAUGGCUACAGCAGAGCUCAGUGGACCCAGCACCGGCCCUCCCAGGAGCCUGGUGCCCCAGGGGGGACCACACCCUGAGGUCAGCAUUUCCCAGCCUCAUGGAGUUCUGAUGCUUCUGGGGUGACCAAACUGGGCUUCUCUUUGGAAGAAGAGGGACUUUACUGCCACACCAGCUGUGAGCUCUGAGACACGCUCCCCCGCCCCGUCCCACGGGCAGGCCAGCUUUUCUCAAGGGUUGGAGAGACUUCCACUUCUCUUUUUCUUCUCUACCCUGUUUCCCCCUCUCUUGGUAAACUCAGAAACGUUGGACCCUCCCUCCCAUUCCUCCUCCUUUCCUUCUCGCCCUCCCUCCGCCUCUGUUGCCCUCGUCCUCUCCCCAUUGCUUUCGUCUGGGGCAAAACCCUUCCCGUGUUUGCUGUCUAGCAUCUCCCAAUCAUUCCUUAGGUGCUGUUUGAUUUUCACCUCCCUUUGAAUGAGCGAGAACGCUCCCUGGAUUUCCAAAGCCCCUCCCCGAAGUGGCUCAAGCAACCACCUUCCCCCACUGAGGGAUGUCCCUUCGGUGGCCUCUGGCUCUGUCCAGAUGGUCUCUGCCCAUUGGGAGCCUGGAAUGAGUUCUCAUUGUUAGCAUUUGUCACUCACCACGGCCUCCCCACAUUCAGCUGUCAGCCCUACUGGCCAUGGUGGCGAGAAAGCCUGCUCCAGUCUUCCCUGUGACACCCCAUGAGCCCUGGUGACAAAUCUGGCCACGGCUCCAAAAGUUGGAGGCUUCCAGGCUUCCUCCAGGGGGGCCGAGAGAGAGAGAGCCGAGAUCCAUAGGGGUGGGGACUGUGAAAGAUUUAAACAGAUAAGCCACGACGGUGUCCUUCCGUCACACUGUAACCAGAAGGACUUUGCACACAGCCAUUGGAUCACAAUCCUUCCUUGCCCGAAACCCUCCCCUGGCUUCCUGAUGCCUGAGAAUGGCAUCCAGACCCUGGUGCUGCCUUCAGGGCCCUGUCCUCCUGAAGAAGCAGGCAGCCCGGAGUUGCUGAACGAUGCCCUCCUAGCCAGCCGCCACGGGAUGGAGGGCUUCAUGGACUCAGGGACACAGACGGAUGCCGUGGUGGUGCUGUCCUUGGCUCAGGCCGCCGUGCUGGGCCUGGUCUCGGAAAAUGAGCUCUUUGGAGCCACCAUAAGCGCCGAAGCCUUCUACCCGGACCUGGGGCCCGAGCUGUCCGGGACGGCCAUUGGGGAGCCCGGGCCCCCGGGCCCCGACAUCUACCAGCUGGCCUGCAACGGGCGGGCCCUGGAGGAGCCGGCGGAAGAGGAGGUGCUGGAGGUGGAGGCGGCCUUCGAGAAGCACACCCGGCGGAAGACGCGACCGCCUGUGCGGCUGGUGCCCAAGGUCAAGUUCGAGAAGGUGGAGGAGGAGGAGGAGCAGGAGGUCUACGAGGUGUCUGUGCCUGGUGACGACAAGGAUGCAGGCCCAGGGGAGGCCCCUGCCGAGGCGGCCAGUGGCGGCUGCGAGCCCCUGGUGCAGAGCAGCGCCGUCAAGAUGAUCGACCUCAGCGCCUUCAGCCGCAAGCCCCGGACGCUGCGGCACCUGCCCCGAGCCCCGAGGCCGGAGCUGGACGCGGCCCCCUACGACCCCCACUUCCCAGACCCGGCCCGGGACGGCUUCUCCGAAGCCGGCAUGGCGCUGCCGGGGCCGGAGGCCCUGCCCGUGGAGUGUGGCUUCGAGCCGCCCCACCUGGCCCCCCUGAGCGACCCCGAGGCCCCCACCAUGGAAUCCCCGGAGCCCGUGAAGCCGGAGCAGGGCUUCGUGUGGCAGGAGGCGGGCGAGUUCGAGGCCGACUCGGCGGGCUCGACGGUGGAGCGCCACAAGAAGGCCCAGCUGGACCGGCUGGACAUCAACGUGCAGAUCGACGACUCCUACCUGGUGGAGGCGGGUGACCGCCAGAAGCGCUGGCAGUGCCGCAUGUGCGAGAAGUCCUACACGUCCAAGUACAACCUGGUGACGCACAUCCUGGGUCACAACGGCAUCAAGCCGCACUCGUGCCCGCACUGCAGCAAGCUCUUCAAGCAGCCCAGCCACCUGCAGACGCACCUGCUGACGCACCAGGGCACCCGGCCCCACAAGUGCCAGGUGUGCCAGAAGGCCUUCACGCAGACCAGCCACCUCAAGCGCCACAUGCUGCUGCACUCCGAGGUCAAGCCGUACAGCUGCCACUUCUGCGGCCGCGGCUUCGCCUACCCCAGCGAGCUCAAGGCCCACGAAGUGAAGCACGAGAGCGGCCGCUGCCACGUCUGCGUCGAGUGCGGCCUGGACUUCUCCACCCUGACCCAGCUCAAGCGCCACCUGGCCUCCCACCAGGGCCCCACCCUCUACCAGUGCCUCGAGUGCGACAAGUCCUUCCACUACCGCAGCCAGCUGCAGAACCACAUGCUCAAGCACCAGAACGUGCGGCCCUUCGUGUGCACGGAGUGCGGCAUGGAGUUCAGCCAGAUCCACCACCUCAAGCAGCACUCCCUCACCCACAAGGGCGUGAAGGAGUUCAAGUGCGAGGUGUGCGGCCGGGAGUUCACCCUGCAGGCAAACAUGAAGCGACACAUGCUGAUCCAUACCAGCGUCCGGCCCUACCAGUGCCACAUCUGCUUCAAGACCUUCGUGCAGAAGCAGACCCUCAAGACGCACAUGAUUGUACACUCGCCUGUGAAGCCAUUCAAAUGCAAGGUGUGUGGGAAGUCCUUCAACCGCAUGUACAACCUGCUGGGCCACAUGCACCUGCACGCGGGCAGCAAGCCCUUCAAGUGCCCCUACUGCUCCAGCAAGUUUAACCUCAAGGGCAACCUGAGCCGGCACAUGAAGGUCAAGCAUGGCGUCAUGGACAUCGGCCUGGACAGCCAAGACCCCAUGAUGGAGCUGACGGGCACGGACCCCUCGGAGCUCGACAGCCAGCAGGAGACGGAAGACUUCGAGAACGCCUAUACGUACGCUGGCGUGCACAGCAGCACCGAGGCCAGCGUCCUCACCGAGCAGGCCAUGAAGGAGAUGGCCUACUACAACGUGCUAUAGCACAAGCCGGGCGCCCACAGGGCGAGGAGGGCUUGGGACGCGGGGGGAGACCCACGUGCCGCGGGCGCACCUCCCGCGGCUGAGAAAGCUACUGCCCCGCUGUCCCGAGCCCUCCCCUCCCACGGAGUCGUUUGCACCACUUCGGGACCCGUAGACCAAAUGGAGACCGUACUACUGGCCUCAGCUGUGAACCAGGCCCAGGCCCCAGGCAUCUGGGGGAGGAAGGAGAGCACAGGAGGCCCAGCUCUGGGUCUCCUUGGCCUGCUGCUGUGGGAGGGUGGGAGGAAUGCUGAUCAGGGCCGUUGGGGGAUAGGUCACAGGGGCACGGGUCCGUGGGUCUCUCCGGGGGGGCCCAGCCGAGCUGGAGCAGCCAGUGGGGAGGGGUUUGAUGCGCUUCCUGUCGGCUCCUCCUGGGGUCCCGGCACCGGAGGAAGAGAGAACGUGAGUCUUGCCUUUUUCUCCUCUGGACCAACUCCUGCCUCUAGGGAUGUUUGAGCUCCUGUGCUGGUCAGCACUGCCCCCCCGAUCCCUCACCAGCCCCUGGGCCGCCAAAAGCCCAGGCCCCAGAGCCCCCCCCUUCCCCACCUUGUCCAUAAACAGCCAGGCAGGGCCCUCUGCCUUCUACCUCCUGGUGCCUCCCGCGCUCUCCUCCAGCCAGGCAUGCAUGCCGCCCCGGUCCUGGCCUUAGGAAAGCAGGGUGUAGCCCAGCCCCCGGCGAAUGCCCGCUCCAGCCAACCCCCAGAAGGCCCCCCUCCAGCCAUUUAAAAGUGGGUGUCCCUAAAGUGGAUUUCAACAAAUGUCAUCCGGUUCUGUGCUGAACUGGUCCCCGCACCCGGGUCCCCCGAUGUGAACAAAGCUGGGAUGUGCCUUUCGCUGGGCACACACUGAGACAGAUGGGGGCCCCCUCGAGUGAGGGGCAGGGCACAGCGAAGGGAUCACGGGAACUGAGAGGGGCUGUCCCCAGAGGAGGCCAAGGACCACCUGGGGGGUGGCUGGAGUAUUUUAUUAUUAACAAGUAUCCAUUUUGAGGAUGGGGACAGCCAAGACUCAACAGGUUCCCAGAAAGAACAACAUAGUUAAAAAGAAAAUGAAGACCAUAGAGAAAAAAAAAAUUUUUGAGCAAAAGGGGUAUUUUGAAGGUAAUUUAUUAUUUUUUUUCCUUUCCAACUCUGUCACCUAUUCUUUCUGCUGGAGAUCAUUUUCUUUUUCCAAAUGGAAGCUCCCUGGUGUGCCGUGAGCGCUUCACGCCUCCCAAGCUCCGGUGGCCCGCCAGGCAGGACUCCGGCGCGGAGGGGGGCUGGCAGGGAGCCUCGGGCCCUGGCGAGAGGCAGGACGCAGAGCUGGGCAGGCCCUCCGCCCCUGCCCGGCCUCUCCAGCCAGUGACUCGCUCUGCACCACCCACCUCAGCGGCCAAGGCUGCUCGAUUCUGCUCAGCCGACAGCUCCCUCCCUUGCUUGCCUACUCUCAUCGCCGCUGUCCCCGCGCCAGCUCCUGCCCCGGGAACCGAAGACAGGCCCAGGGCAUGAAAUAGUACAUUCAGGAAUGCUAGGGCACCCGGACUCCUGCCCACUCGCCUCCUGAGGCCUCAGUGGAGAGGGGGCAGGCAGGGCUGUCCCCAAAGGCACGAAGGAGGUGAAGCCACCAACUUCGGCCCAGAAACCAGGAAAGGAGGGGGAACAGCCAGGGUGGGGUCGGGGAGACCAGUUUGAAAUGCAGCUGACUACCCCCAAAGCUGUACCCUUGGUGAAGGACCAAGCCAGGCUUCAGGGUGGCUGUGAUCAGGACUGAGGGGAGGACAAGGUGGCCUCAGGAUCAGGCAGCCAGGUGCCCCUUCCUUCUCUGCUUAAGCUCAUGCUAAGAGGCAACAAACGAGAGGACUGGGGGCUCAAAGGAGCCUUUUCCCCUCCAGAACCCCGAGGCCCCCCCCCAGCCCCCCAGGUGCCCGCCAUGAUGACCCUCAGGUGGCAGUGACCCCGUCACUGUAGAAGACAUUUUCUCCUGCUGAGCAGAAGCAUCACCCCCUGCAAACUACCUCUUCCCACAAUGUCUUUCUCCCCUGGUACCAAAAAGAACCCUGUACCUCCUCCUUCUCCUCCUCCUCCUCCUCCUCCUCUUUCCUGCCAGCGCAGUGGCCUUGGUCUUGGAAACCCAAGGGAGACGGUCUGGCCCCCAGGGCGGGGCUCUCCUUUCCUCCCCCAGCCCCGCCAUCAGCUCGGCCCUCUGCGAGGUUCAAUACUUGAACGCCCCCUGCCCUGUGCCUUGGACCCAGGCAAAGCUAAGAGAAGGAAACAGCACAACUUAAACAAUUUGAGCUGGGGGGUGGUCUCGGCAAGGCUCCUGUCCUCACCCCUCCCCAACCUCUCAAGAGAGGCGUGCGGCCUCUUGGGUGACUUGGAAACUCCUGGACGAAUUCCAUUCUAACUUAUUUUGACGUGUAUACGAACCAACUGUUUAGAAAUUCCACUUGUGCAAAGCCCUACUGUGUUUUUAUGUUCCCGUUUAAGAGAGAAGUUUACUUAGCAAUAAUUAUAAAUAAAUGAAUAUUCUUUAGCGA